CUAACUUAAUAAAACUAUCAAGAGUAGGGAGUAUGGAACGCUAUUAAGAUUAAACAAGACAGCCUUGACACUUCACAGUCAUAGAUCAAGAUAUAAUAUAUGCGUGCCUUCGUUUACGGGUCAGUUCCAUUGUCUUCUUUUCAGCCUCAAAGCAUAAUAAGAGAGAAAAAGAGACGAUAGAACCAAGGAGAGACAUAUUCCUCUUCCUCCCUUUACGUCUCUUUAUAUCAGUCUUCGGACCAUGUCUCUUUAAUGAUUAAUUCCCAGAAUAAGAAGAAGAUUUAUCCCCACCGGUCACACACAAUCAGACAGACACAGAGGCAUAGCCGCUAAGUGUCUUUGCGUGUGAUGGUAUGAUGGAUAAAAGCUGUCAAUCCACCACUAUCACUGCCGCUACCACGUCUGCUACCACAAACAGCAGCGGUAGCAAUAAUAAUACCAACAGAGACCAAUACCUCAGACACCUCAACAUGCUUUCCCACAAGAUCUCUAAACCCAGCAUCAAAAAAUCCUCUACUGAUCCCGCCAAUCAAAGUCAAAGUCUUAAUCAAAAUCACCCUCAAUCACAACCAGCCUCACAACAGCCACAGGUCCAGCAGCAGGUACAGGCACAGGCGCAGCAGCAACAUCAGCCGCCGGUGUACAAUAUCAACAAGAACGACUUCAGGGACGUGGUCCAGAAGCUCACAGGCUCACCGGUACACAGGCGUUUCUCGACGCCGCAACCUAUUCAAGCACCCAGGCCUCCCAGCUCCCGACUCCAUCGUAUUCGCCCUCCACCCCUUGCGCACGUUUGCAAUCGGCCCCCUCCCCUGCUAGACAGCGGCGAUCUCCGUGCACAGCAACCCAUUAUAAACCCAAAUAUCCCCAUCACCGCCCCGACUUCCAGCUUUGGUCAAUUUGGACAACCCAUAACGCCGUUAUCCCCUUUGCCGCCGUUCCCAUCCGUCCACACGGUGGCCGAGUCGCCCGUCUCGGCCCACAUGCGAUACCUCCAAAACCCAGUCUCCACCGUCGAUUCGAACCCUACGCAAUUCUCGGGAUUCUCGCCGCUAGCACCUCUAGUCUCGCCCCGCUGGAACAAUUUAAUUCCCCCGCCGCAUCAGGGAUUAACUCCUCCGCCAUCGGCUACGAUACCGUCACAGCCGCAGUUUCCGAUGCCGACCUCACCGCUUCCAUUCGGGUGUUUUAAUUCGCCGAGGUCACCGUACCCCUUACUUUCCCCAGGCCUGCUGUUUUCGCCUUCGCCCGGUCAAUUAGGGUUUCCACAGCUCCCGCUUUCGCCAACAGUACAGGUUGAGAGCCCCAGAUGGAGGGCCGUCUGAGUUCCUUCUUCAGGUGAACCUUUCUGCAAGACGACGUCGAUUCGCUCUUAGUGGUUUUAUCAUUGCCGAUAUGUAAACGAUUGGGGGCGUCAGGAAUAUUUAAUGAAUAAUUAUUUACUAUUUACUAUUCCACAGAUUCACAUAUA